AUGUCCGAAUAUAUUGCUAACGCAGAGGGACUUAUCGCCAGUACUUCUGACCUGCUUCUUAAGUUGGAAAUGACCAGAGCUAGUCUAGCGUCUCAUAACCCUACAUCUCCAACACAUAUUGGAUCUCAUCCUUCACUAAAAAUUUCUGCAGCCAAGAUAGAACUGUCGAGGAUACCAAUACCGGAGUUCAACGGCAAAAGCUGGCAAUGGGACAGCUUCUGGGAGCUACUCAACGCUACGGUGUAUUAUCUACCGCUUUCCAAUUUGCAAAAAUUCAACUCCCUUUUGAGAGCAUUAAAAGGAAAAGCCCGUGAAUCAGUAACUCGUUUUCAAAUCACUUCUGAAAACUAUCUACUAGCAGUACAGCAUUUGAAGGAGAGAUGCGGCAACGUCCAGAAUAUAAUCACUGGACUACAUCGACAGCUAGAGCAUUGCAGUGCUAGGAGCCCACAAAUAAGGGACCAGCGAAAACUGCAUGAUCAACUGUCGGCAAUUACCACACAACUCGAAAGCAAAGGCGAACCUCUCGAUAGUCCAUGGCUGCCAUCAAAAUUUCUUUCUAAAUUUACAGAAAGGAUUCAACGCAGCACGCUUAAAAAACUCUCUCUCUGCCCCAAUUAG